GGUGGUGAAUAUAAAUUGAUUCAACGUGAAGAAAUUGUCAUUUUGCAUUUGGCGCACUGGUAAACCACAUACCAUCAUGUGGGGUUUGCUGGGUCUCUUACUGCUCGUUGGAGCGGUUACAAGUAUCAAUUCGGAACCUGCUUGGGAACUAGGACAGGAGUACAAAUAUGUUCUGCGAACCCAUACAUUUUCGGUCUUGGGCCAGGAGGAUAAAAUACAAAAUCAGUCGUCUGGAAUUGUAAUAAGUGCUAUACUUACUCUUCAAGUAACAUCUUCAGAUACAUUGGUAGGAAAUCUUGCCAACGCGCAAUAUGCUCAGGUGCAUAAAGUACUGCCGGAAGGCAUAGAAUCUAUCUCGGACAACAAGUUGGAUUAUCAGACUCUUCCUUUGCGUGGAGAGAAUUUUACGAUUCGCCUGAAGCACGGAAUGAUCCGACAACUGCUACUUGAUCCCCAAACGCCCAUUUGGGAAGUGAAUCUUCUAAAGAGUAUUGCGAGUCAGCUACAGCUUGAUACGAUGGGUGAAAAUGCGAUACCGGCACGAGGCGUUCAGAUACCCACUUCCAGAUCGCCUUUCGGUCUGUAUACAGUUUUCGAACAAUCAAUUGGCGGCAAUUGUGAAGUUCUGUACGAUAUUGCGCCUCUGUCCGAAGAAGAUCAGCUCAAUCAAGAAUUAGUACCCAAUCAAAAACUUGUUAAAAAUAAUGAAAUGCUCAUUGAUAUCAAGAAAACGAAGAACUACCAAGUUUGCAGAGACCUGAAGGUUGAAUCCUUAAAUAUGGACAGGAAUGCCAAAGUUGUUUCGAGACUGUCUACAAGCCGCAAUAUUGUAUCAGGCAGUUUGAAGAAGUUCACCAUUCAAUCUUCCUUGAUGACGAGCAACAUAUACGUCUCUCUUGACAGAAAUUCUGGGCUCGGAAUGGUUUUGACCAGGUCGAAUUUAACUUUACGAACGAAACGUGAGAUUCGCCGACCUGUGGAAAUAAGUUCUAAGCUUAUGACGCCAGUCAACGAUCUAAUGUAUUCGUUCGAAUGCUCGAUGGAUUCGUUAGGUGCGUUGGAGGAACGUCAACAAAAAUUAAUGGAAUCUUCUUCAAAAAAAUUGAAAAAUUUGAAGUACGUCUUACGUGGAUUCGACAAAUCAUCAUCAUCAUCUUCUUCUUCUUCUGAGGAGCUUAAUCGUUCUGAUCGAGACAGGUCUUCUUCCGACAUACAAUUGUCAAUGGACAAAGUCCCAAGAAGUUCGCUACUAUUCGACGUAGGCUGCGCAGCAAGACAACUUACAGACGAGCAGAGAAUUAAUAAAGUUCGUGAAAUAAUAAAAGACCUGAUCGAUGAUUUCAGAUCUAGUGAUAAGGACUUACCCUCUACGCCGCCAAAAUUCUUGCACGUAGUAAAGCUGAUGAGAACUUUAGGAGUCGAGUCGUUAAACAGGUUAAAACAACACUUGCAAGAAGAUAACAUGAGAGGCGUCACUCCACAAUUAACCGCCAUGAACGUCUUCUACAACGCUCUUUCGCAAGUUGGAACCGAACCUGCUCUUCUUCUCAUUAUGCAGGCCAUAGAGAAAAAACAACUGCAGGACUCGGAAUUGGAAAUAGUGAUCAGAGACCUGGAUAAAGCUGUGCGUUUUGUCACAAACAAAAUUAUUGAGAACGUUUGCAAAAUGAUGAACAACUCAAAUAAUGUAUUGAGGGAAUUCGCGCCAUUAGUAUGCGGUAAAUUAUUACGAAAAGCAACUAUCAAACGUUCUAGUAAUAUAUACGUAAGUGAUUCAGACGUAAAGAAACUGCUUUCACGAUAUAUUUCCGUUAUGGACCGAUUGUUGCUGCAAGCCCUCAAGAAUAACGACGUUUCGCAAGCGUACGCGCUCGUCUUAGGUUUGGGUAAUACCGCUGAUCCGAUGAUACUCUCAGUUUUGGAACCAUAUCUGGAAGGCACAUAUGUAGAAGACUCAUUGAUGCGUGUGAAAAAAUUCUCCGGCGAUUCCUCAGAAGAAAGGAUCAGCUCCGAAAAAGAUACUUCGAGAAAUACCGAUCUUUUCUCGAGAGAAGACAAAGGUUUAGAAAUAAAUGUUUCGAAGCAACUGCGUAAAUUGAUGGUUAUGGUAUUGGGUGAAGUGAUCAAAUACAAUCCAUCGAAAUCUAGAACUGUUGCUCUCAAGCUCUACCUGAAUCGACAAGAAGAUCCCGAGGUACGCUGCAUUGCAGCUAAUUUCUAUGUUAUGUCCGAUCCAUCUAUGAUCCGCUUGACGCACAUGGUUAAAGUCGCCAAUAUGGAUAGUAAUAGAGAAGUAAGCUCUUGCGUUAAGUCUUGUCUUGUUAACGUCGCUAAUAGACAACCAUUAUCUAGAAAACAAAGUCUUGAGAGUAAAGCACGCACAGCUCUCAGAUAUAUGAUUCCUGUAACACCCACAAAAAUGUGGACGUCUCUAAUAGAAAGAGUUUCUUCUCUUUUCGUUGGAAGAGACGUAAAUCCUAUCUUAGGUAACGGUAACACUAUCGUACCUUCAAGCGCAUAUCUUCGCAUGGAACCUUACAAUCUACGUUCAAAUAUGCAAACGAUCUUAUUUGCUUACGAUGUGUCGGACAUGAGACAACUUAUGGAACGAAUCAUGUCAGGCGGAAAACAGAAAACACUAAUGAUGGACAGACAAACAAUGUCGCAAGAUUUUGAGCAAAUAAUGCAUGAGCUUAAGAUAAAGAUGAAAGACGAGAAACGUUUAGAAGGAUUUAUGUACAUGGAAGAUAUGUUUGGAUCGUUGUUCUAUUCUUUCAACGAUUCCAGACUUGAUGCUGAUCUGAAAAAGUUGAGAGAGACCUUCCUGGAGAACAAACCGUACAAUCGUAUCCGUAUGGAUGUCUAUGACGAACUAUUGAGCUUACCGGUUGAGACCGGUUUUCCGUUUAUAUUUACAAUAGAAAGGCCAACAACUUCAGUAAUUAACGCUUUAGGGGUAAGACGUGAUUCAGACGUGAUUGAAGAACGCGUCAAAAUCAACUUGUUAUAUUCUUCGAAAAUACAGUAUAAGGUUGGCUUUGUAACACCUUUCGAUCAGAAGAAAUACGUUUGCGGAAUUGAUAACAGUGUAAGCUUAGUUGCACCACUCGCACUCGACGUUGACAGAAAACAAGAAAAAGACGAAACACGCGUGAGCGUAAGACUACGCCCAUCGCAGCAAAUGAACACUAAUAACAAGUUAUUGGUGCUUUCUAAUACGCCUUUUACGUCGAUAUAUAACAUUCUCGAUUAUAAACCUGUUCUUCUUUGCGAGAACACGCAUUUAAUGCAACUUUCGAGCGAAUUAAAAAAAGAUGCAAUUCAUUUAGGCGCAUUCAGUUUGGUUACGGAAAGAGAUGCAGCAUCGUGUAGAAAUAUUAAGAAUUUGCUUACCAAUAUGGUUAAGCCUUCCUUCGACCGCUACAAUAUUGCCUUGCAAACGUCCUUGAGCUCGGAGCAAAAAAUUUUGAUUGAAAUUGUUUAUGUUAAACGAAACAGUGACGAGGAAGACAGUAAUGGAACACAAGAAGAUGUAACACCAGGAAAUGUAACAAAAGAAGAUGUAAGUGAAGAAGAUACGGACGAAAUAGAAAUCGAAUUCGAAAACGUUGACAAAAAAUUAAAUAGUAGAAAAAGAAGGCAGCAGUUCCUGGCACAAGUUAAAAGGGGUAUUAAGUCUGCUACUUCUAGAGUAUUGGACUUGAGUGUGCUUACACCUGUUCACAAAGACCAAUCGGUAACUAAUUACGUCCUUACUGUCGCGUUAGCAAACAGCAAAGUAGACAGUGAUGCUCGAAUCCUUGCCUAUUUUAAUUCUCAAACAGAAAAUGAGAAUGUCAAACUGGAAGGUAAUUUCAGUGGAUUGGCAAGAUUGAAACCUGUCACGUUAGAAAACUUGGAACAAGCAGUACAAUUCGACAAUUUGCACGAUAAAUUUAUUGUUAACGUGGGAUUCAAAAACCAGAGCAAAGAUAUGGAACUGAAAUCGAGAGGAGUUCUCAGCCAAAGUGACAAUUUGAGAAGACUAAUACAAAACUCGAAUAUAGUCCGACAGUGUUUACAGGCACUGAGAGGCAAUAAAGGCUUACGGUUGUGCAGAAAGGCCCUGGCACUCGUCAAUAAAAAGGAUAUCCUCAAGUUAUCAUUGAAGUUUAACGAUGAGUUUUCACGGCGGCUAAACGAAACAAAAGUUAUCCGAAACGUUAUGGAUCGGACCGUUCUUUCCCAAUAUAUAAGUUCAUUUAAUAUAGUUAGUCCAAAAAAUGUUGAUGAAAAUAUUGUAGAUAUAGAAGUUAAAACGCCAUUGAAUGCAGAACGUAUGGAUCUCACUUUACAUACUCCAAAAACAAAUAUUGCUUUCUCUAUGCCAAAACAAUACGAACAAACACUGCCACGUUUGAUUGCACAAGAACAAUCAACCUGCCGUUUAAGCAGGAAGGAAAUUGUAACUUUCGACAAUUUGUCCUAUCGCCCGCUUAUGGGACAAUGUUGGCACAUAAUGGCGAGCACGGAGGAUCAAUCUGCUGAAACAAUUCCGGUAGUCCUAGUUAAGGACAAUUAUACCGAUGGUAUACUUGUUACCGUACUGGGGCGUGGUAGCGGAGCAAGAUUUACUUUUCGCAACGAGAGUGGCUCAUUAUUAUUAUCGUUGGGUACAAACCCGAUCCUCUCAACAUCUAGAACAAGCGGUUAUGUAGGAUAUCAUCUACGUAUAUGGAGUACAACUACUUCUUUGAAAUUAGUUACAGAAGACAAUAAAUUGGAAUUGACGUAUACUGGAAAUACUGUUGAAGUUCGAGUAUCCAACGCAUUACUCAAUCGAAUGACCGGUAUCUGCGGCAAUAAUGACCGAGUAUUAGCCAAUGAUUUAGAAAGACAAAACUGCCAACUGAACGCACCGGAAUUUGUCGCUUCGUUCGCUCUUCUCAGCCAAGACUGUCAAGGACCCGCCUUGUUUAAUAAAAAGAAAGCUGAAAUGUCUCUGGCAGCGUGCGAUCAACGCCAGACUCGUCGAAGCAACAUUAUCAGCGACAUGGAAGCAGGACGCGUUCCAAGAGAGAAUAAAAAUUGGAGCCGCGGUAUCACAUCGCUAAAUCGAAACCGAUUAGAUCUUGUUGAACAUCGCACAUGGUACGAGUACAACGCAACGCAAAUAUGCUUUUCUACCGUGCCCGUUCCGCAGUGUCUACCCGGCACUAAGGCCAAGAUAAUAGAGGAGAAAGUAUUUAAUUAUCAUUGCGGACCGAUGUCAAACAAAAAUUUAGAGUUGAAGAGUAGUAUCGACAAGGGAGCACAUCCGGAUCUUUCUCACAAAUCCGUGACCAAGUCGGAACUGCUGUUUGUUCCUAAAGUCUGUACUAGACCCGAAGAUUCCGACUUAUAAUAUAUAUACUAUAUGUUGAAAACAGAUCUAUAUCGACAAACAUUAGUCGUCACAAAAGCAGCCAUUUGCGUAUAAUUGGUAGCAAUGUGCCGCCAGUAUCCGUCGACAUAAUGUUGGUUGAAAAAAAAAAAGCGAUCUGUAAAUAUACGCUAAAUACCGCACGUAAUUAACUAAAAGUAUGACACGUUUCUGUUAUUCUUUUCUAGAAAUCUUAUAAUUAUAUGUUAUUUUCAUAAUACCUAACGUGAGCAAAUAAAGUUGAAUACGUUCAACGUAA